UCCUCUAAGACAGCUAACAUGUUCCCUCACAACAGUUCCUUGAUGUGACAGUUGCAUUAGAGAAGUGCUCUGUGCAGCAGCAGCAGCAGCAGCAGCAGCAGCAGAGGCGUCGCAGUGACAGCCUUGAACCCAAGCCUCGGCGACCCUGAUCCAUGACCCCUGGACGAGGACCGUUGUGUCCUGACAUGCCUGUGAAAGGUGCCCAAUCCCAGGCAGAGUACAGGCAGCCAUGGAGCAGCAGGCCAGGAUACUGAGGAGCUUCCUGGCUCAGCUGGAGAGACAGGAGGCUGCGGACGAGCAGGCAUCCAAUGGCAUUGCUGGGGAGUUUGCGAGGCUGAGAAGCCAGUCCACUAAGUACCGCAGUGACAGAACCUUCCCCACCAAGACCGCCGAGAAGCAGGAGAACGCCAAGAAGAACCGAUACAAAGACAUCGUUCCCUUUGAUCACACCAGAGUAAAGCUCACACUCACCACCGCUAAAGAUGACACCGAGUACAUCAACGCCAGUUUCAUCAAGGGCAUGUCGGGGUCCAGGGCUUACAUCGCUACUCAGGGUCCUCUGCCUCACACCGUGCUGGACUUCUUGAGGAUGCUGUGGGAGUACAACGUGAAGGUCGUGGUGAUGGCCUGUCGAGAAGUUGAGAUGGGAAAGAAGAAGUGUGAGCGCUACUGGCCACAGAAACAAGAGCAGCCGUUCUUCUGUGAGCCUUUCUCAGUUUACUGCGAUUCUGAGGAAAAUAAAGGAGAUUAUCUGACAAGGACGUUAAGGGUGAUUUAUGGCAACUGUAGCCGAACUGUGAAACAGCUGCACUACUUCAACUGGCCCGAUCACGGCGUGCCAGACUCCAUCCCUCCCAUCCUGGACAUGUUGCACGAGAUGCGGUCCUACCAAGCCCACGACGACGUCCCCUUUUGCAUCCACUGCAGUGCCGGCUGUGGGAGAACAGGAGCCCUGUGUGUCAUCGACUACACCUGGAACCUGCUGAAGAAGCAGAUGAUCUCUCCAGAUUUCAAUAUCUACGACAUAGUUCAAAACAUGAGAACCCAGAGGCCCUCAGUGGUUCAAACCAAGGUUUUUGUUGUUUCACCUCAGGAACAAUAUGAGCUGGUGUACAGAACCAUCAGGCUGCUGUUUGAGAGAUAUCUGCAGUGGGUGGAGGCAGAGACCCGCAGACAUGAGAUGGCGAUGGUCCCGUCCACGAUCACGCCCGACCCUGAGAGCGAGCUGUCUGACCUCAGUGACGAGCUGGAUUUGCUGCCACACUUCCAGCACCUGCUCGGCGAGGAGUGGGACGUUUCACCACAGCUCCGCUCCGACCUGCCUUCUGCUGCAGAACAUCACAUUGCCUUGCGAGCCAUGGACUUGCAGAGGGAGCAGGAGCAGUGGCGCCUACAUCCUGAGGCUCUGACCUCCACUCAGGAGCUGCAGGAAGGACCCAGGAGCCCGAGAGCAGUAGAGGAGAAGAUCCAGCAGAGCGACAUACCGUCGAUGAACCCCUCACCUUUCCCAGUGGUGGCAGCAGCCAUCUGUCUGAUGGUGGAAGACCCCUACUUUGACACUCCCAUAGGCUCCCCUUCAUCCCAGGAGGCCGCGCUGGACGCCACACUGUGGACAGUUAGCUCCACGGUCAGCGCGCCCUCACUACUUCUGAACGACCUGGAGCUGCACUCUGCUGCAGGUAAAGAUCCUGGUCAUAGCGAUGAGGAGGAUCCUCCUCCUCUACCUCAACGAACCCCUGAAUCCUUUGAGAUGGCUGCGGCUGCAGAGCACUCGGAUCCGUCUCAAAGGUUGAUGGUUAUCAUUCCACCCAACGCUGCCGCGGAGGCUGUCAGGGAGUUGGGAGGUAAUCCCCCCUCACCUGUCCCCCCACUUCCAGAGAGAACCCCUGAGUCCUUUGAGUUUGGCCUCGAUCAAGCUCCCGUAGAGCAGAGGUCGGAGGUCACGCCGGCAGUGAACCUGAGCAGAAUAGGAAAGUCUUCAGAGUGGUCCACUGCCUCGGCCUCUCACACCGACACCAAACCCUGGCUCAGGAGUAAGAGUAUGAAAGCAAAAAUGACCUUCACAGUAACACAUCCUGAGGUUGCAUCAUCUCCGACCCCCCACCCUCACUGCCCCCCUCUGACUCCUCCGCUGCUUCCUCAAACCGAGGAGAGCCUGACUCCUCCGCUUCCUGACAGAACACCCGAGUCCUUCGUCCUCCCCACCGAAGAGCCAGUUCAGGAGAAACCCUUCCCUCUGACAUCACGGCCCCCGCCUCAGGUCGGCCUGUCCUCCGAGUGGGACGGCACCGCUCAGCCGAAGAGAUUCCUCGAUGUUGUGAUGAGCAGGAGCAAGAGCGUUCGAGCGAAAGGUUCCAGACAAGUAGAGCCCCUGACUGCGUUCUGGCAGCUCGCUCCACCUGCUGUGGCCGUGGCUGGAGCAGGAAGUGCAGCAGCGGGGCAGCAGGAUGUGCAGUGCAGACCCUCCCUGAACCCUGACACGUCAGGAAACAAAUCGGAGAAGAGAGAUGAGAAGGGUGUAUCUCGAUCGAGGAGUCUCAAGCUUUUUAGACACAAACAGAAACCUAAAACUGCACCUCCACCGCCUGUCACUCAACCUGGAACAUCACCUCCAUCAAACGGAGCCUCGUCAGUGUUCAAACUCGAUGAUCAACAUGACGCAGAGCUACAGGACUCGGACAGCUGGGAGUUUAUUACGAGUCUCGCACACGAGUGGACGUGCAAAGCACCGAAGUGCCUUGUGCCCAGCCCUGCACUCUGUGCAGAAGAUCAACUACAGUGAAGUGGAGAUUAAUCAUCUAAUUAAUGGACAGCCACGUGGACCAAUGACUUGAAUGUUUAAUUAAAACCUGUCUGAGCCUGGAGGAUGACGUGCUUUACGGAGGAGGGCAGUGACAGGUGUAAUGCUUGAAGCAGUGCUGUCACACAUAAUGUAUGAGGAUUAUAUUUUGUUAUGAAUGUGUGUGUGUUUGUGCUUUUGGCAUGAAAUAAGAAACAUGGGUUUAACAUUGUAUCUGCAAACUGCGUUUCAUCCAUCUGUAGUUUUUAAGAGAGGUACAGAGAAUGUGAUGUAUACCGGUUACACACAGAAUUAUUUAUUAAAAAAAUAUAGAAAGUC